GGUUUGUAAAUCGGCCAUCUUUCACGUUUUACGCACACGUACAAUUUACAAAUGGCUGGAGCACUAGAAAAUGCACAAAAGAUUCCCAAAAUUCGGGAUACCGAAGAGGAGAGCGCUUUCGGUUAUGUCUACUCGGUGUCAGGUCCUGUGGUCGUGGCGGAGCAAAUGAUUGGGUGCGCUAUGUUUGAAUUGGUUCGCGUCGGACACUACGAAUUGGUGGGAGAGGUGAUUCGUAUCGACGGUGAUAAGGCUACCAUUCAAGUGUACGAGGAGACAUCUGGAGUCACUGUUGGUGACCCGGUGUUAAAGACACGAAAGCCAUUGUCGGUGGAGCUGGGACCUGGAAUCUGCAAUAACAUCUUUGACGGAAUCCAGCGGCCAUUGCAAGCUAUUCAGGAUGUGUCUCAAAGCAUUUAUAUUCCCCGCGGGAUCAGCACUCCCGCACUUAAUAAAUCUCUUACUUGGGAUUUCGAGCCUGUCAACUUCAAAGUCGGCGACCACAUAACUGGGGGCGACAUCUACGGAAAAGUUUACGAAAACAGUUUCAUCACCAACCACGCUAUUAUGCUGCCUCCGAAAGCGGCAGGGACAAUCACUUACAUUGCCCCGAAGGGUCAAUAUGACUUGAACCAAACUGUGUUGGAGACGGAUUUCAACGGAGAGAAGACAAAGUACACAAUGUUACAGACAUGGCCUGUUCGAACUCCACGUCCCGUAACCGACAAGUUGGCUGCUGAUUACCCGUUGCUCACUGGACAGCGAGUGCUCGAUGCGCUUUUCCCAUGCGUACAAGGGGGUACCACGGCCAUCCCGGGCGCCUUCGGCUGUGGUAAAACCGUCAUUUCCCAGGCUCUGUCCAAGUACUCAAACUCGGACGUCAUUAUUUACGUUGGAUGUGGUGAGCGUGGAAACGAGAUGGCUGAAGUCCUGAUGGAUUUCCCUGAGCUUUCCAUCGAAGUGGACGGGAGGCAGGAGCCUAUUAUGAAGCGUACCACACUUGUUGCCAACACUUCCAACAUGCCUGUGGCAGCACGUGAGGCGUCGAUUUACACCGGAAUCACUCUUUCAGAGUAUUUCCGUGAUCAGGGUAAAAACGUGGCCAUGAUGGCAGACUCAACAUCUCGAUGGGCUGAAGCGCUUCGUGAAAUCUCUGGUCGUCUGGCUGAAAUGCCUGCGGACAGUGGAUACCCCGCCUAUUUGGGUGCUAAGCUUGCCUCGUUCUACGAGCGUGCCGGAAAGGUUGUGUGUCUUGGUAACCCGCAAAGGCAGGGUUCCGUCAGUAUUGUGGGCGCCGUAUCUCCCCCUGGAGGAGAUUUCUCAGAUCCUGUCACGCUCGCCACGCUCAGCAUCGUGCAAGUUUUCUGGGGUUUAGAUAAGAAGCUGGCUCAGCGCAAGCAUUUCCCGUCUGUCAACUGGUCUGUCAGUUACUCAAAGUACAUGAAGGCGUUGGACCCGUACUACGAACGCUUUGACCCAGAGUUUGUGAGCAUCCGAACAAAGGCAAAAGAAGUCCUCCAGUCUGAGGAGGACUUGUCAGAAAUUGUGCAACUCGUCGGAAAGAGUGCCCUCGCAGAGUCCGACAAGAUCACUUUGGAGGUGGCCAAGCUUUUAAAGGACGACUUCCUCCAACAAAACGGAUACUCCAACUACGAUCGGUACUGUCCGUUCUACAAGACGGUCGGUAUCUUGCGCAAUAUGAUGUCCUUUUACGAUUUGGCACGGCAUACGGUAGAGGCUUCAUCGAACCAAAUCACUUGGGCAAAGAUCCGUGAGCAAAUGGGUGACAUUAUUUACAAGUUGAGCUCAAUGAAGUUUGAGGACCCUGUUGAUGGAGAGGAGGCUAUCAAGGAGCGGUACGCAAAAUUGAACAAGGAGAUGGAAGAGCGCUUUAGGAGUCUGUUGGACUAGACGCUUCUCAUCUCUUGGUAUAGGAAGGAAAAUAUUAGAAUUUGUAACAUCCGCUUCCGAAUACAAAGACCGUAUUUGUUAAACAAAAAUCAUGUCCAAUCUCAACAUCUAUAGCCUUUCAUGAUAAAAAAAAAG